GCGAAUCCUCUUCAUUAACUAGUACAUCUUAUUUUAUACAGAGAGAAAAAUAUGUUUCGACAUGCGAUUAGGACGAGUAUUAACAAGCGCAUGGUAGGCUUCCUCCCUGCGUUGUCUUUAGCACACCGCGCUUCUUCCCAUGGCGUGACACAUCACGACUGGUCUCAGAUAUUUUCUCAUCCACUCACAGAUGCCGAGAAAGAACUUGUCCAGCAGCAAAUGAAACGCACCGUAUCGGCCGUUGUUCCUGGGAAGAUGUUCAUGCGCCACUGGAUUAAUACGGAGCAGUCUACGGAGUCUGUGGUGGAUCGUGUGGUUGGGGGUAUGAUCAUUGUGUUCACCAUAAUUUGGGCAUCUGGUUAUUCAAUGUUGGGAUACAACAGCCAUACCAGCGCGCAUAUGGCCGGAUGGCUUUUUAUUGCUUACUAUAUUGUCUUCUUCACUCACGUUAUGUGGCUUGCACCGGUCUUUCUUGCGGGCCUAACGGCUCAACUUAUGCUGAAUUGAGGAAAUCAUAGUAGUGGAGUGUAUGACCUGAAUCAUGAGGAACACCUGGGAGAGGGGCGUAUUGAGUUGUAGGCCACUCAGCGUGGCUUGGUGGCACUUUCUUAUUGAUGCUAACUUAUUUUUAGCGCUUACUUCUGUAGUUUAGGGAGAAUUACCAAAAUGAUGGAGCUCGGAAAAACGGCAUUUUUUUUGUUUCACACUUAGGGAUACCAUGACAAAUCAUUCAUUUUUUAGCAAACAAUUUAGCAUUAUCAAACACUGUCAUUUUCGAGUAUGCUUGGCUUUAUGCA